GAGCCCGGACGUCAGAAGCAAAUUCAUCCUCACCCAGGCGGACGCAGCGUAUAAAUACUCAGGGCAAAGUGCUGGCUGAUCAUUGAAGUCUGCCGGAUCCAAGUGGACAUCUGCAAGGUUCCCAAGAACUGUGAGUCACAUCUGCUAACCAAUGGCCUGUCAGAGACACUUGCUUUUCCUGCUCCUGGUUCUGUUUGCAGUCAGUACACAGCUGUCACAUGGCCAGCACUGGUCGCACGGGUGGUACCCAGGAGGCAAGAGAGAGUUGGACGUGCCUGCUUCUCCAGAGGUUUCAGAAGAAAUAAAGCUGUGUGAAGGAGAGGAGUGUGCCUACCUCAGAAAUCCCAGGAAAAACCUGCUAAAGAACAUACUGGCUGAUGUCUUGGCAAGACAACUACAGAAAAAGUGACAAACCAUUUAUCAUAGCUCCUUCCAAAUCUUCGUCUGCAAGCCAUGUCUACUUUAAGAACCCUACCGUCUUCUUCAGUGACACCGCCAUUCUAUGUUGAUGAUGUCAUUAUUCUGCUGCUGGGCACUGAUCAGAAUUCUGGACACUGUUUCAAAAAAAAUGAUGACCAUGUGUGAUUAUUAUUUUCAGGGCCAACCCCACCAGAAACUGUCAUUUCAGGUUU